CAGACAUAAAGGAAUAACCACAAGUCAUUAUAUUUUAUGGGAUGUGCUAUAUUCCAGCUUUUUAAUUGUGUAGAAAAGUGUACAGUUAAUUCCUGAUUAGUGUAUUUUAAUAGUCUGGAUUCAAACUGUCCUGUGAAAAUGUAUUUUGCAUAUCAAAAGCUGAUAUUGGAUAAAUGGAAACUGAGUGAAUAAAUAACACAACAAUUACAUACUUAUUUAAUUUAAUACUUAAACAAAGUUAAGCAACACCCAAUGUCCCCGUGUGAAAAAGUAAUUGCCCCCUUAUACUCAAUAACUGGUUGUGCCUCCUUCAGCUGAAAUGACUCCAACCAAAUGCUUCCUGUAGUUGUUGAUCAGUGUCUCACGUUGCUGUGGAGAAAUUUUGGCAAACUCUCCUGUGCAGAACUGCUUUAAUUCAGCGAUAUUUGUGGGUUUUCAAGCAUCGUUUCAAGUCCUGUCACAAUAUCUUAUUUGGGAUUAGGUCUGGACUAUGACUAGGCCAUUCCAAAACUUCAAAUUUGUUGCUUCAUAUCCAUUUUCAUGCAGAUUAGAUUGUGUGUUUUGAAAUGGAGGCACAACCAGUUAUUGAGAGUAGGGGUGAAUUACUUUUCCACAUAGGGGAAUUGGAUGUUGCAUAACUUUGUUCAUUCAAUAAAUUAAAUAACUAUACAUUUAUUUAGUCAUUUGUAAACUCAAGUUUCCUUUAUUUAAUAUUAGAUUUUGGUUGAAGAUUUGCUAACAUUCCGUAUAAAAAAAUACCAAAAUAGAGAACCAUAAAGGGGGAAAUACUUUUUCACUGUAUGUUCUUGUGAAACCGACGUCAGUGUUUGGCUGACAGUAUAGCUUCCACCACUGUCCCUGUCCCCAAACCGGGCUCAAACUAGUGGUCAUCUGCUCACAAACACAUGUGACCUCACUCUUUGAUGACAUACAAACCAAUUGAAAAAUCACAUGUUCAUUGAAGUAAGUCUAUAUUAUUAUUAGUAGAGACUAUACCGUUGAUGUGUAUAAACCCUGGAUCGCUGAUUCUAUGUAACGGCCAAUGAGAGACUAUGAAACCACCGGUCUCUAUAUAUGGUACUCCCCAGAAGAAGCAGUCCUCCAUGAUAAUUAAUGGAAUUAUACAGUAUUUAAAUAAAAUGUUUCAAGGACUAUAUUACAUGUAUUUAAGUAUUUUGUUGUAGAAGGGACAGUAAAGUUAGUACUCUAUAAAUAAAAUACUUUAAUGUCUUUACAUGUUUAUUUAUUUUAUUUGUUAUGUUCAGGUGAUAUAAAAAGCAUUAUCUGGAGCACACCCAGAGAAAAUGACUUAGUGUAGAGGUGCUGACUAAUGGUGAAUACACUGUAAGCUAUAAAAACAAAGAGAGUUGCACACUCUAUAUAUAUAUAUAUAUAUAUAUAUAUAAACUCCCAGUAAUUUAUUGGGUAAAACACCAACGUUUCGGCAUCACUGUUCCUUCUUCAGGGUAAAGUCAUGAAUGCUUGAACCAGGUUAUGCAGACAAACAAUGAAAAUAGUGCAACCAAUGACAAUAGUGAGGAGUCUGUCAUAAUUAUGAGCUUAAUUUGAAUGAAUUGAGUGAAACUGUUAAUAAACAAUAGUUUACAGCAUAUUGAAUAUAUUAGCCUAUUGUUAUCAUUAACAUUAGCAUAAGAUUAGCAUCAACAUACAUUAUUGUUGAAUUUAAUUUCACAUAUAUUUCUUGUUUCCAAUUUCAUAAAAUGGUCUUACAAGUAAUGUUUUGGUUCAUCAAUAAUGCACAAUGAGCAUCAUCAACAGGGGGAACAUACUGGUUGUACGCUGAUAAACUGUAGAAAGAAUACAUUGCUAUUGCACUGUGAGCAUGAGCCACAUUUGUAGUUCCCAUUUGGAAUGGGUGUCAAGAGUGUCUGAGUGGGCUCAGGGGGCAGGUCAGAUCUCGCUAAGUUAUCCCUAAAAUUGCGACCACACUUAUUGACCACCAGUGGGGGUUACUUGAAGAGGAUUGCUUUCAUUUUCUCUGAACACUUGGUUUACUUAGCGCAAAAAACGUGUCGUUUUAACAAUUCCUCUCUUGGUUUAUGAGAUAUUUUCAUCGUUGCAGCAUCAAGAGUUUCUUCCUUGUAUCCUCUGAUUAUGAAUUUAUUUUUCAUUUUCUUAGCAUUGCUGUCAAAAUCUGUUGGCCACAGAUUAGUUUAACCCUGCAUAACUGGCUACAUGGAAGAUCAUUCCUGAGGGGAAGGGGAUGCAUAAUAUCAGCACAUAGCAGGUUAUUGAGGUCUAUUGGCUGUGUGUACAAGUCUGUAUGUAAUGCAUCAUUCUCUUUGAUAAUCCAUAAGUCCAGGUAGUUUAUUUUUCUCUCAACAGUCUGCAUGGUGAAUUUGAGAUAUUCAGAGCUCUCGCUUAGCAGAGUUUGGAAUUCAUUUAGUUCCUGCUCUUCCUUCCCAGAGCACAAAGACAUCUAUGUAUCUCUUCCAUGAGAGGAUUUUAGAAAGUAGGGAGUGUGUCUUUGUUUUGUAGAUGAGUGCCUCCUCAAAUUGUUCCACAUACAGGUUCACAUUGUUGGGGGCAAAGGGGGAGAAGCCAUGGCUACAUCCCGAUUUUGAAGGAAAAGCUCUGACUCAAAGAUGAAGUAGUUAUUGGGUAAUACCAGUUUAGCGAGUUCCAAGAUGCGAUCAUUGGAUGGACCAAGGGUAGGGUCUCUCUGUUGAAGGAAGUGUUGCAGGUCACAACAUAUAAUUUAAAAGUCUGCAUUAAGGUGUCUCUAAUAGAAUAUGCUUGUCAAAAACAAAUGUAGACAUUAAUAAAUGCAUUUCUCUAUCUUCCAUAAUCGGUUUUACACUGGAGGAGGAGUAACAAGAUGGCUGUGCAGUGGCUUCUAAACAGCACCCCCUGUCUGUCAUCUAGGGUUAAUACAUAUCAUUGGACUGAACUGAAAAUAUAUAUCAGAACCUCCCUGAUGUUGUCUUUUAUGUUGCAGGUGUUUUGGCCUGUUUUGGCCAAAAUGGUUUGAACACCACAAUGCCAGAUAGACUGGAUGUACUGACUGGCUCCUGUGUGCAAAUCCCAUGUUCAUAUGAUAUUCCUGGCAAACAUCACUAUACAUUUAACAGCACAAUAAUUACCUCUGGAGUGUGGAUUAAAGAAAACACACACUUUUACAGGCAUCCGGACAAUGUGAUAUUUAACAGUAGUAAGACAGUCAACAGAUAUCAAGGGAAGAUAACUGGAAACAUGUCUCAGAAGAACUGCACCACAGUCUUCUUCAAUGUAACCACCAAUUACACUAAUAUAUACUUCUUCAGAAUUGAGAGUCAACCAUUCCUUGCAACAGACAUUGAAAAGUCUGUUAAAAUAGUUGUCAGAGUCCCAUCAUUACUGUCUCAGGAGAGGUGAAGGAAGGGACCCCUGUCAGUUGGAACUGCUCUGCUGUCGCUCCCUGUCCCGAACACCCCCCUGAGCUGACAUGGACUCUCCCAACACAGUUCACAUCUGAGAACCAACUGCAGGAGAAUUCAGACCAAACCAAAUCAGUUCUCUCCACGGUGACCUUCACUCCGUCAUAUCUUCAUCAUGAGAAGAACAUCACUUGUACUGCAGUCUACCCAGUAGGGACAAGCAACAAGAGAGCUGAACAUAACAUGAUGCUUAACGUUUCAUUCUCUCCUAAGGACACCUCGACCUCCAUCAGUCCAGCUGAUCCGGUAUCAGUGGGCAGCUGUGUUAAUCUGACCUGCAGCAGUACAGCCAACCCUCCUGUGACAAACUUCACCUGGUUCAAGAUCAGUGAGGGGAAAACAACUCAGGUUGCAUCUGGACAGAGUUACACCCUCAAUGUGACUGUUGUUGAUGGAGGACUAUACUACUGUGAAGGAAGAAAUAGUCACGGCUGUGGGAAGUCGAAUGAAGUGCAGCUGGCUAUAAAAGGGCAUGAAGAGCCUGUUAACCCAAAGGUUUUUGAGAUUGUAGGAAAAACCUUGGGGUUGAUUUUCCUUUUCAGCCUGAUCGUAUUCUUUGCAUGGAGGAGGAGAACAUCUAGACUCCCCAGUGGGUUUGACAUGACAGAUCGUUCACAGGGACUGGUGGGAAUGAACUCCCCGGUUGGGACAGUGUGCUCUAACCAGGCUAUGGUCGGUAGAGGGAACCAGUAACCACCAUUUAACAACCUCGAUGGUCUUUAAGCACAAGUCAAUCAAAGAGGUGCAUGUUAAUUAUUUUUCCAAUGGGUAUUAAGUGUUUUUAUGUACAAUAUUGUCAUUGUGUAUUAGUUUCUAAUGGUACUUUUGUUACAUUUAUAAUUGUGUGCUCUUUGAUUUAUCUGCAUAUUUGUAGAAUUUUUUUAUCUCAUUAAAAUGGUUUAAAUUGAGAUUUUGUGUCUGUUCUACACUGUCAC